AUGCCAAUCAUACAGUCAAGGGAAAAGAAAGCCACAUUUCUGCAACCUGUAAAACUCAAGCUAGAAUCUCCAUUUCCUUCUGCUUUUCCUUUGCUCUCUAGGGUUUCUCAGAGGUCUUGUUCCAUAGACAUUUUGGCAUUCUGUCCACCUCCAUUGGUGCCACAAGCAUAUAAUGCAUGCAGUUUGGAGGUGGCCAGUAUGUCAAACGGGCUCUGUGUAUCUGUCUCUGAAAAACCUUCUUUGAGGGCUCAACCAUGUUCAUAUUUUGAAGAAGCAACAUUUUUCUUAAUUUUGGCUGUUAGACAUCAUGAUUUUAAGAUGUCGGAGAACCUUGUGCACACGCAUAAACUUUUGUCUUGGCUUGUUAUGAUGGCGAAGCUGCACCUUUUUUGGUAUCCAUUUUCAAACUUUAACGGAGUAUGGAUGAUUGCAUGUGCCUCCACUUUGGCUUUGAAGGUUGUGGUUGCAGCAUUGGAUUCCUAG